CUGUCCGUUGAAACCCUCAACGGACGACUGACGGACGUGCAGUUCCACACUCAAGAGUGAAGAGGGAAGAGGGGAGAGUUGAAACUUCCGAGUGAAACGUGCGUGCAGCGCUAAGCCAGACGCCUCGACCCAACCGAAGUGAGGGUCCAGCCAGUGGCAUGGAUGUCCAGGAGGUCCAACGGAUCGUGGCCCAGGCCCAGGCCAAUCGGGAGAAGCUCCGGCAACGUCUCCAGCCCGCGGCGGAUGACGUCAGUCCCCGCCGAAGUCCGCUCAAAGAACGGAAUACUAGCACGCCCACCACACCCCGCCUCUCGGUCAAGGCCCGGGUCCCGGAGGCGGGUCCGGAUGGGACUGGAUCCGCCACUGGCCGGAGUCGAUCGCCCCUGGGACGCGACGUCCAGCCCGAGCGACGGACCACCACCACCACCACCACGACCACCGUCACCGAGAAGGAAGAGAAGAUCCAUCGGACCCAGUAUGUCAAGUUCACGGAGAGCUCGCACGAAGCGGCCAAAGAGCGCUUCAAGUCGUUGGGCGUGCGGUUUUCCGAGGAGAACGAGGAGAUCGACCAUUCCAUGCGCGGAUUUGACGAUGAUUCCGAGCUUGAUCAGAGCCACGGGUCCGCCGCCACGCACACGCCCACCCCGUCCGCCCCCUCAACCCCAUCCGAGUCGAUCCGUGUCACGUCCGUCUCCUCUCCUUUUAAGAGCACCACGCCGAACCGAACCACGCCCGUUCACGCCACGCCCAUCGUGACCAGCGCCCUCCGAACCGUGCCUGACUACGACGAGGAGGUGUUUGGCGCCUCGGGGCGGAAAAAGCGGUUGGCCGCAUUAGCCCAGAAGUUUCAGCAUUACCGUCAAGAUGAAGACGAGACUCUCCCAUCGACGCCGGUCGUGUCCACCCCCAAAUAUUCCCCCCCAUCCGAUCAAGAUUUGAAUGUAACUAAGGAAAUCGAUGUGGACGAGGAACUGGCUUCCAUCCAUGCCACACCCACCGUCCCUCGACUGACAGGGCGCCUCAUGCCGUCGGGACACUCCCCGACCAAGAAUCUGGCGCAGGAUCCGGAUUUUGUCAAUAGCUUGAAAGCGCAGGGCUUCGAAGAGACCACCAGCAAGUCCAAACUCGUGUACGAUUUCAACAAGACCGAUGAGAAUCGAUCCCGGCCCACGUCACCUUACAAGCAGCGGGCACCUACCUUCUUGUCCAGUCCCACGCGAAAUGCCACCGAACCGCGACCCUCCAGUCCACACAAACCCCACCCUUUACAAUUUGUGAGUCCGCAAGUUAACCGCGCCUCGCUCGCUAAAAGCCCAGGGCCCAGUGCUCGCCCGCCGAGUCCCACGAAAACACCCAAUCCCCGCCCCACCAGUCCGUACAAGCCCCAUCCCCUGCAGUUUGUGAGCCCUCAACACCAAGCUCCGCCUGUGCCCACUCCCACGUCCAAGGCUGACUCCGUGGCCCGCCCCGCCAAACCCACACGCACGUGGGCGUUCUCUCAAUUCGAAAAUAUGAAGGAGGAAGAGGAGAAGAAGACCUGGAAAACCGAGACCACGGUUCACGUCACGCCACUACGACCAGUGACAAAAGGCCCGACUGAGAACUCGGACACGGCCUCGAGAAGAAGCAUCUCCGAGAAAAUGAACCUCUUUGAGCACGAGGCGAAGCCCGAUCCCGUGUCACCGGCCAUCGAUCCCGCCAUGAUGUCCAUGAGCGAUCGGCGGGCUCUGUUCGAAAAAAAUCGAACCGCCCCCAAGCCCAUUGCUCGCUUCGGAGACGCCGUGACACCCUCCAUGUUGAGCAGAGGUCAAGACCGGCACGAAGCUCGGACUGAGGCCAAACAGUUAUUCACGCCCCGUGCUCGCAGCCCCAUUCAAAUGGGAGUGAGCCCCAAACGUGUGGCCAGUCCCGUGAAGGCGCCCUCGCCCAAAAGGAUCAAGGAUUUUGUCGCCUCGUCUUGGGACCACGCCCAUCGCCAGCAGCCACCGCCACUCCCAGCCACCGGCCCUCCCGUAGAACGAUCGCCGUCGCCACCACCCAAAAGCCCGCCUCCACCCCCACCCAAGCCGCCCCAGAUGAGUCCCGCGCGAAGUCCGAUCAGGCUUAAAUCCCAGUACCCAGGGGUGGACUCGCUCAAGAAGGUGAAGGUGUCGCCGCCCAAACCCGGGCAGUUAUACCCACAAGUGGGCGUGGAGAGUAGCUCAGAGGACGAGAGACCCGGCACUUCCAUGAGUGAGGCCAGCUCCAUGGCUCCCAGUGAAGCUCCGAGUUUGGGAGCCGCCAUCCGAAGAGCUGCCAAUGUCCACAGACAAUUGGAAGAAAAACGGAAUCCAAUGCCAGCCAUUUCCGAGACGCCUUCACCGCCCAAGUUUCGCUCUCCUCGAGCUCCUGAUCCAUCCAAUUUCGAGCACCGCCAUCCACAACAACAUCACGACGAGGACGAUGAGAUGUCCGAACGAUCCGAGUCGGUGAUCAGUGGUGACAUUGACGACAUGCUGGAUGAGGCCAUGGACGACUCCUACACCACCCACGGGUCUCGCUCGCCCAGUCCCAAGCGACUCCAAUCCCGGGGCUCUUGUUCGCCCAGUGCCAGUGCUGGGAGUUGGGAGUUUGCCACGCCCCAAUCCCAGGUCAAGCGAGGCGGCCAGCGGGAUUAUAGGACCCCGUUGGUGGGACAGUCCCUCAAGUCCCCGGAGAAGCUCCCCGAAGUGGAAGGUGCCGAUGGGUCGACGCUCAUCCACACCGUGUCCUUCUAUCGAAAGCAAAAGCCGGCCACGCCCUAUCAAAAAAUCAUCAGGAGCUCCAUCACCAUUUUCGAAGAGGGCGAAACUGAGAGCAAUCCCCAGGAAAACAUUCAGAGCGAGAUCAGGAAGCUUCACGAAGAGGCAGAGGAACAACGGCAACGCAUGGAGCAGGCCAGCAAGGCCCUCAACUAUUGUGUCAUUCAAAACGAAUUCGAAGGCUCUUCAGAGCGGGUUGAGGGUGAGCGACUGCUUCUGGAGGCCACUCACAAGUAUUCGGCCGCCAGUUCAGAGAUCAAACGCCUCUCAACUUUGGCCUCGAUCGGACAAUCGUCGAGCCCCUCAAAGGCAGGCAGAACAUCGUCCAGUUCCAAGGGUCAAAUCUCGAUCUCCGGAUUGGCCCUGCCGCUCAAGCCCGAGUUUGUCAAGAUGCUCAGGGAAGUUGGGGACGACACGGUGCACUAUUUCAUAGUGCUUGUCAAGCACAAGAGCCGUGUGAUCCCGACCCAGAUGUUGUGCACGGGGGAAGGGAUCUCCAAGGGCAAGCUCAUCUUCCCCAAUCUGAUCAAUCUCCGGGAUCUGGAUUUCGACUUUCAAAUCCACAUCGAGGUGUACGGACUCCAAACCCGACGUGAGCACGUGCCUCACGAUGUCAAGUACCACAUCCGAAAGGACAAGUCCAUGUUCAAUUUGACACCAUUGAAGAAGAUGAAGAAGCAGGAGUCGAAGGCGUUCCCCAGGAAUCAGAAUCCCGUCAACAGCAAGACCAUUCGGAGACCAGCCUUCGGGAUGGUCGGAUUCAGUGUGAUCAACAUCCAGACGCUCAAAAAUCGGGCUUUCCACUUGGAAAAAGUGCCCGCUGUCUCGCCUCUGGCUGGGGGUCUGGAAAUGACCCUGACCAUUCAUUCCGAGAAUCGGGUGGAGCAAAGGGGCUUUCUGACCAUGUUCACGGAUGUCCAUGGGUACGGGGACUGGUGUCGUCGUUGGGUCCGACUCUCUGGCAAUGGACUUCACUUCUGGAAGUAUCCGGAGGACGAAAGCAAGGGACUCGAACCCACGGAUCAGAUCUCUCUGUCGUUGUGCACCACGGACGAGGUGGCUUUGGCACCCAAAGAGGUCUGCUCCAGAUUGAACACCCUCAUGCUCGAGACGCGCAGACCUUGGCGACAGGGCGACGAGGAUUCCCUUGUGAUGCGAGUGAAUCGCCAAUCCGGAGUGACCAGCAUCCGACAUUUGCUCUCGGCGGAUACGAGGGACGACCGAAUCGGAUGGUGCAAGAUCUUGAACCGAGCGCUGGAGAACAUCCGGGCCUGGGAUCCCACGGCCAUGAGACCAAGAUCGGAAAGUGCGGCCAGCCGAGGAUCCUCGGACUCUGCGUCGACUUCCACAGAUAUUUGGUAGAUUCCUCCUGCUUGGUCAAGAAGAGCCCGUAUGACUUGUAAGAUUGGCGUAACUCUUUUGAAUGAAUGUCCUCCUAGAUGGUUUUUUUUUUCGCAGCUAGAUAUAUGACUGACUUUAUUUGUAUCCAAUCUGACCUCGUUGAUGAGGCAGAUUUAAAGCUUUCUAUGAUCUCACAAAGAGCUAGAUCUUUUCCCCAAACGUGUUCACUUGUUGCUUCUAUCAAUGCAACAAACACGAGGAGAAACGAUAAUGAUAGUAAUUGUAACAGCACUAAAAUUCAUGUAGUAUGUAAAUUCUCAUAACCGACUGCGAUGACGCGUCCUUCGCCUUCUAACCUGUUCUUUUGUAGUAUAUAUUUCACAAUAAAACGAGCGUCAUUGUCUCUAAUGUAUUGCCAUU